AUGGUGAGCUGCCGAGUCAAGGUGGUAGCCGACAGAGUGUGGUGCUUUAAGUGCCUGGCCUUCGGUCAUAUGGGCAGAGACUGCAAGCGGCCGGACAGGUCUGGCUGCUGCUGGAUGUGCGGUGAGGUUGGGUAUAAGGCGGCAGCCUGUACGGCCACAAACGAGGCCAGGAUGGCCUUCACGAGGGCGCUAGAUGGCCAUGUAGAAACCGACAGGGUGGAGCGUCCAAUGGAGGGCGACGAGACGUCGGGAUGA